UGUUCAGUUAUAAACUAUAGCAUAUAGAAAUUAUAAUGGAUUUAUAAAUAUGCUAUUAUUAUAAUUGAUUAUUGGCACGAGAAUCUAGAUUUAACACUCGGCGAAAUGGAUCGAAAUAAUGAAUUCCAAAAAAAGAAGCUGUCCACAAGCAAUGAUAAAUAUCUGGACUUAAAGCAUGAAAUAAUGGAAGUUACAGUUGAGGAUCUGGCAAACCAAGAUAUUGAGAUGGAAGAUCAGGUACCAAAGGAUCUGGAGAAGCGAGCAAAGAACCACAAGCAUGAAAAUCAGUACGUCAGAAACCAGUUGCCAACUAAAAACCCCGGCCAAUCGACUCCACCUCGUCCAAGUCGCGUGAUUCCACCCAUGCCGUCGGAGGAAACGAUGCGCCACUCCAUAGCCGACAACCUGAUGGAGAUCCUGGUAAAUAUGACUAAUCCGCAGCAUCGACAACAGUGCUUCUCCCUCUUGCAGGUGGGCGAUGCUCUGCAGGCACGCAGUCGAAUCCUGGGCAUUCUGCAGCAAAUCGACGAGAGGCGCAGAACGCGCAACUGAAUCCUUCCUAUAAAAUGC